UCAGAUUUCUCCGAGAGAAAAAAAAUGGCGUCUGGUUUGAUCGGAAGAUUGGUUGGAACGAAACCGUCGAAAUUAGCCACGGCGGCGAGGUUAAUUCCGGCGAGAUGGACCUCUACGGGAGCGGAGGCGGAAACAAAAGCUUCGUCUGGCGGCGGAAGAGGAUCGAACUUGAAGACUUUUCAGAUCUAUCGAUGGAAUCCAGAUAAUCCAGGGAAGCCAGAGCUUAAAGAUUACCAGGUCGAUCUCAAGGAUUGUGGUCCAAUGGUUUUAGAUGCUUUGAUUAAGAUCAAAAACGAAAUGGAUCCAUCGCUUACCUUCCGUAGAUCGUGCCGUGAAGGGAUCUGUGGUUCAUGUGCUAUGAACAUUGAUGGAUGUAAUGGACUUGCUUGUUUAACGAAGAUUGAAAAUGGAUCAUCGGGGACGACGAUUACACCGUUACCACAUAUGUUUGUGAUUAAAGAUCUUGUGGUUGAUAUGACUAAUUUUUAUAAUCAGUAUAAGAGUAUUGAACCGUGGUUGAAGAGGAAGACACCAGCUUCUGUUCCUGCGAAGGAGAUUUUGCAGAGUAAGAAGGAUAGAGCUAAGCUUGAUGGGAUGUAUGAGUGUAUUCUUUGUGCUUGUUGUAGCACAUCUUGUCCUAGUUACUGGUGGAAUCCUGAGUCUUACCUUGGUCCAGCUGCUUUGCUACAUGCUAAUAGGUGGAUAAGCGACAGUCGUGAUGAGUACACUAAGGAAAGACUUGAAGCUGUUGAUGACGAGUUCAAGCUUUACCGUUGCCAUACAAUCUUGAACUGUGCUCGUGCCUGUCCAAAGGGUUUGAACCCAGGAAAACAGAUCGCACACAUCAAGCAACUUCAACCAACCGAUGUUGCUCCAGCAACCAAACAACAGUCUGAGUUCUUUCCGAGUUUGCAGGAGCAUGAGAAGUCUCUAUUUGUUACUGUGGAAGGCUGCAACAACCAUUGCCUAACAGCUUGCUGUGACUGCAACAUAGAGAUACAGCCUCCCGUUUGCGCUCAGUGUUGCCCGAUUUGAGCCUUGAACUCCAUAUGUUCAUGUAUGUUUGAAGACUCGAGACAAAAUUGUGGUUUUAUUAGUGAAACAGAGGAAGCUAAUGUGUUUUUUUUAAUCACCAAAAACAGAAAUCACAAAUAGAGAGAUAUCAGAAUCUACGAAUUUUAAAAACAAACAAAUUUUCGCAAUCUGUUCAUCGAAUAAAAUUAUGAACAGAUC